CACGUAAUAAGGGGUCACCCUUAGGUGAUGGUAGUCUCUCUACAACGUCUCCCAACUUCAUCAACUCCCACAUUAUACGGCCAAUCACCGAACGCGUCGCUACAAACACGAACCUCUCAAUACAUACAAGCCUCUCCUCGUAUACAGAGACAUAUAUACAUAUAACAGAAUUACAAAGCAACUCAAAUCCGCAUACAAAUCGGAAGAAAAACCAAAAAACUGAUUUUGGGGCAGUUCAAAAUCAAGCCAAACACCCCAUUUAUCUAUCAGGGGUGAUUGUUUCGCUGGUCUGGUUUUAUCCUCCUCCAAUGGCUUGUGAUCAGAAGAAGUACAUUACGGCCGAAGAUCUCAAACAGCACAACAAGCCUGGUGAUCUGUGGAUCUCUAUCCAGGGUAAGGUUUACGAUGUGACGGACUGGGCUAAGGAACACCCGGGUGGGGAUAUCCCACUCCUGAAUCAGGCUGGCCAGGACGUCACCGAUGCGUUCAUUGCCUAUCAUCCAGGUACUGCUUGGCAAUACCUUGAUAAAUUAUUUACUGGGUAUUAUUUAAAAGAUUUUGAGGUCUCAGAUUUGUCCAAGGACUAUCGAAGACUCGCUUCUGAGUUUGUCAAAUCGGGUAUGUUUGAGAAAAAAGGACAUGGGGUUAUCUAUGCCCUUAUUGCGAUUGUUUUGUUGUUCUCCGUAUGUGUUUAUGGUGUUUUGUAUUCCAAUAGUUUCUGGGUUCAUAUGGGUGGUGCUGCAUUGUUGGGAUUUGCUUGGAUUCAAGUUUCUUUCUUGGGUCAUGAUUCUGGGCAUUAUGUGAUGAUGUCGAAUCGUCGAUGUAACAGGAUUACACAAAUCCUAACCGGGAAUUGCCUAACCGGGAUCAGUAUUGCUUGGUGGAAGUGGACUCACAAUGCCCAUCAUCUAGCUUGCAAUAGUCUUGAUUAUGAUCCUGAUUUGCAACACCUCCCCUUUCUUUGCGUCUCUACGAAGCUUUUUCAGUCCAUUACAUCUUGUUUCUAUGGUAGGGAGUUGACAUUUGAUCCAUUGUGUAAGUUCCUAGUGAGCAAGCAGCAUUUGACAUUUUAUCCUGUAAUGUGCGUAGCUCGGGUUAAUCUUUUCGUCCAAACAUUCUUGUUGUUGUUUUCGAAGAGAAAAGUGCCCGAUAGGUGGUUGAAUUUAGCGGGGAUUCUUGUGUUCUGGACCUGGUUUCCUCUCCUUGUUUCGUGCUUACCCAAUUGGACGGAGAGGGUGUUGUUUGUGUUGGUGAGCUUUGCUGCGUGUGCAAUUCAGCAUGUUCAAUUCACUUUGAACCAUUUUUCAGCCAAUGUCUUUGUUGGACCGCCUAAGGGGAGCGAUUGGUUUGAGAUACAGACACAAGGGACAAUUGACAUUUCGUGCUCGAGUUGGAUGGAUUGGUUCCAUGGUGGGCUGCAAUUUCAGAUAGAGCACCAUCUGUUCCCCCGGAUGCCGCGGUGCCAAUUGAGGAAUGUUGCUCCUUUUGUGAGGGAACUAUGCAAGAAGCACAAUUUGCCUUAUAAGAGCCUGUCCUUCUUCGACGCCAAUGUGAUGACUAUCAAGACACUCAGGACUGCAGCCCUUCAGGCUCAGAAUCUGCUUUGGGAAGCUGUUAACACUCACGGUUGAGAUCUUUAUAAGGCUUGUGAAAUUUUUAUCUGUCGUAUUUUUGCUUAAUUACAGAUUUUAUAUGGGUGAUUUAAUUUGUUUCUUUGCAACUGAGUCACUUAGAAAGAAAAUUGUAUUUUCCAUAUAGUGGCUUUUUAUUUUCAAUUCUAGUAUUAUAUUUCACAAACUCUGCUUCUCAUUUCAUUACAUGAUUGGGAUAUUAUGUUUUUUUCAUUUCUUUGGCAUAAGCUGUCAAUGGAAAUUAAUUAUGGGUUCGUUGA